CCUAACGUUGCGCGUGCUAAUUUUUGAGGGUGAUCUGAUUCCAUAGGACGUGUGUUUCGGAUACCCUAGUCAUUCCCUCCAACCCCUCGGGGCGACAAACCAUCAGCGAUCCCGUCUCGUUCCGCACUCUCGCAGGCUGUUACCUCUCUUGAUGGGCGCCGUUGUUCCGCUCUCGUACUGUUUCAAGUUUCACCGACUCUAUGUGAGCAACAAGUAUUGGGAACUGCAAUUCAUGCAAGAUUCCGGCGACCAUUCAAGCGCCUGCUAUCCCGCCUUGUCGCUUCACCUGGAUGGGAUGUGUAGUUUUACUUUGAGUCGUCCAAGGAGUUGCCGGCGCUGUCUUUCUGUUGCUGGGUGGGCCGCCACCCUGGGUGGCGGAACACCGAUCAACAUCGCCCAUCAUUUCCUACCAGCUCUCCCACUGAUAUCUGUAGCUGACCACCCACGCUCACGGAUGCUCGGCACGCCGUCGUGGAAUGUUCAGUCAUGCAUCUUCCCAGUUGAUUCAUGGCUCAGGGGAGGGAAAAAAUAUGAAAAUGUAAGGGAAUGCAGUCAACGUACAAGAAUGGAGCGGCGUUGCGGAGUGCACUGCUCUGCCGAGAUGGUGAUGUCACAACUCACCGGGUUCUACGGUCCCGAUCGACUGCUCCCCGCGGCUGACCCACCUCUACAUAGCUCCUGUUAGGAGGAAUGCCGCUCUGUCCCGACGAGGGCGAUCUCGGGGGCGAUACCGAAGGCGCCUUGAUUUAGGUUAUCUGGGAUGGGAUCAAUUCG